UGUUUUCAGAGGAAAGAGGAAUAAAACAACGCAGACUGCAACACGAAGGGCCCAUCACCAUGGUCCAGCUGCAGCUCUCCACACUGCAGCAGCUGAUGGACUCGGGCUUUGGCCGUCCUUUCCCCCGGCACGGACUCCAGCUGCUGUUCUGGUUCGCCAACGACUGUUUGACCUGCGAGGUCGUCCACCUUGUGUCUGUCAUGAAGCUGGUGCCAGACUGUCAACCGGAGAAAGGAUUCUAUGGUUUCCACCUGUUUGGGAAUGUCGAGGAGAUUCUGCCGGUGCUGAGCAGGUCCAGGAACGGCAGGAGGAAGUACGCCUACUUUGAGGUGGGGAACCUGAACGCUGAAACACACCCGGGCUCUGCGGACCUGCCGGCGUACGUGAGGGAGAAUUAUGAGCUGGAGGGAAGCUGCAGAGACGACAACGUGGACCGGCUCAUCAUCGGGUACCGCGUGAGAACCGGAGCGGUGGAGGUGCUGUUCGUGACGGAGCACGACGCUGCCGCCGUCGGGAGGUUCAGACCUGACAGGACUUAUCGGAUCUCCUGGGACCUGAUCCGAGUCCUGCAGAGCCCGGACCUGGACCUCAGCUCCUUCCUCACCCAGGUGGGGUACUACGAGGUCGUCCGCGCAGGACGGGGGCAGUACCCGGACCCCGAGCUGGUCUUCAACAUGAUGACCGGCGGCUUCACACCAAUGACUCAGCAAAACCAGGCCUUUGUAGUCUUCUCAGAAACCUUCAGCAGGACAUUCAACAUGAACGUGGAGCCCUCCAGCUGCAACCGGCGGGGGAAUCUCUCCCUCCACACGAACACUAAACCCCGGAAGCCCAAGCCAUCAGGAGGAUUCACAGCCUGCCCAGCUGGACUCCACAUCACUACCCAGCUGGUGGGAGGACGACGCCAGCGACGCCCUGCUGAAGACGGCGCCGUGGAGGACGCCCAGCUUCCCACGCUCAACGUCAUGCUGGACUACGUGUACUGA